AUGUAUUGGAUCUCUCAGCUACUCGCCCUGACGGUCACAGGGGCUUUAGGAACACAUGCUUUAGAGGCCUCUAUCCUCAAGUUUCCUUCACAGCCACAUGUGAAUGGGGUCCCUGCAACUGUGUCCGAGGAUUUCGCCCGAGCCGUCUUGGAUCUCCGGUUAAAGCCCUCUCUGGCAUCUGUCUUGGGCGGCAUUGAGGCAGAUAUAGCGGACCAUCUAAAUCAGUUCUCCGAUACUCAAAGUACUCUUUUUGGUGGCUCCGGUGGUGUCGAAGCUUCUAGGAAGAGCCUGCUGGUUUUCGAAGGACUUGAUAACGAUGUCGGCUCAAGCAUACGCAAGAUGCAACCCGGAAAUCUCUUCGUUCCCAACACAUCAUACGAUUUGGUCGAUAAUUUAGUCGGAUCCCUGAAAGACGCCGUGCAGGGGGAAACUUGUACUUACGAACGAGCCAAUUUCAAGCAAGACACAGAUGGUAUUCAAUCCUUGCGGGUGUGCCUGUCCAAGGACCCGCUUCUUGUUGGCGAGAACAACUUGCUCAAUUCCAAUAUUCUUGCAAGCGUCCAGUCGGCGGAAGUUUGGGUGGAGCAUGACAAUAUGAAAACUGUCUCAAUAAUUUCGUUUGCGCCUGAUACUAAUGACAAUGGUGCACUUACUGGCCAGCCUUUCAAGACUGCUCUUGAGAGCUUAGUUGAAUCUUCGACAGCCAAUCAUCACGAUGCUACAGCAAUUAUCCUGACCGCUAGCCAAAACGACCUGCGGGGUUUCAACAGGGUGUCCGCUCGUGACGAGAAAUCAUCGGAGCGUUCCUCCCCAUCUUACCAAUUUGCAGCGGCCCGAGCUCAAAGGUCUGCCCAAGGCUUGCCUCUCCACUCAAACCUUGCGCCGGUGUGCCAUGUCUCGAACUCUUCUUGUGCUGAAGCCACAAAUAACUGCUCCGGACAUGGCUAUUGCGGUCUAAAAUACGCAUCUGUGGAUGAAACAACCUCUGGAAAUUGCUACAUAUGUCGAUGCCAGCAGACCGAGGUGCGGAACAGUGACGGUACAACUCAGAAGAUCCAAUGGGGCGGGCCAGCAUGCGAAAAGAAGGACAUAAGUUCGCCUUUCUUUCUGAUUGCCGGUGCUAGUGUUUUUGUCGUAGCUCUUAUCAGCAGUGCGAUUGGCUUGCUCUUUAGCAUGGGCCAGCAAGACUUGCCCGGGAUCAUCAGUGCUGGUGUUGCUGGUUCAAAGCCAUCUGCAUAA